AUGUAUGCUGCUGUUGCGUCGUCGGUAUCCUUUGGCCGCGCGGACCCUGUUCAGUCGGGGGAAGCUGGUGUCCAGAAUAUCACAGAUAAAUUUGAGGUCAGUGAAGCUGCUGCUAUUCUGGGCGUGAUACCUUUUGCUUGGGGCUAUGCUCUUGGUCCUAUGGUUUGGGUAGGAAGACUCGCCCAUGCUUGCGCAAGACCGCGGCUAACAUGA